AUGGGGAGGACGUCGCGGUGGAAGGCGCGCAGGAGGGGCCCCCAAACCCCCCGGGGGGCCCCUCUUACGGCGGCAGCCGUUCUGUUGCGCAACGCGCAGCAGGAGAGUAAGAAGUACAACAGACCGCCAACAAGCAAGCAGAUAAAGCAGAAUUCGCAGCCUCCGCAGCCUAGACAGCAGCAGGCGCAGAAGGCUGAGCCGAAGCCGAAGCAAGCAAAGGGCGGCAGGCACAGCCAGCUGCCGCGGCAAGAGCAGCAGCAAGCGAGUGAGCAGAAACGAAACAAGACGGAGGCAAGCAAGCACAGCCGACAGUCUCAGCAGAAGCAAGAGACGCAGAAACUCUCUAGGAAUCUCCGAAGGAAGCUUCGGCUUUUGCAGCAGCGGCAAGGUCCUCAGCAUCGGCAGCAGUUGCAGCAGGGAGAGGGGCCUACUGAAAGCCUUUGGUUUGGCGUUGCUUUGCUAUUCGGAAGGGGUGUCUUGGUUGCAGGAGGAUGCGCAUAUGCAGCAGCUUCGACAGGCUGUGCGGCAGCAGCUCCUCCAGCAGCGAAGUGUGAAAAGAAGCCGUGCCUGACUUUGUGGGGAGACGUGGCAGAUGGACCGCCUGACUUGAGAGGGUUCAAACAGAAGUUCGAAGCUUUAAAGGCCAAGUCUGCCAAGACUAGGGAGAAGACAGCAGCGGAGGAAGCUGCCGCAACGGCGACGGCUGCUGUCGAAGAGGAUCAGCGACUUGCCGCUUCCAAGAAGCGGCGGAAGGGAGCCGCUGCUGUCGCCGAUGCGGAUCCUUAUCAGCAACAGGCGAUGGAGGCGUACAGACAGCUCAAGAAGCAGCGCAAGGAGGCAGAAGCGCAGCAGCAACAGCGAAAGCAGCAGCAGCAGCAAAGGCGAGAUGGCUAUCGCAAGGGCCGUCAGCAGGAGGAGGCACCAGGCAAGGCUCCUGGCAGCAAGAAGCAGUGGUCUUACGACAAGGCUCUGCUCUACAGGAGCGAUUGGAUUUUUAAGCACCACGUGAACGAUCAGGAGUAA